GCAGGGGGCGCGCCAUCCGCGGGGGCGGGCUGUGGCGCGCGCGGCCAUGGCGGUGCUGCUGGAGACCACGGUGGGCGACCUGGUCAUCGACCUGUACACGGAGGAGCGGCCCCGCGCUUGUCUGAAUUUCCUGAAGCUCUGCAAAGUCAAGUACUACAACUAUUGUCUUAUUUAUAAUGUACAGAGGGAUUUCAUUAUCCAAACUGGAGACCCCAUGGGAACUGGCCGUGGAGGGGAAUCCAUAUUUUGUCAACUGUAUGGUGAUCAAGCCAGAUUUUUUGAGGCAGAAAAGGUGCCGAGGAUCAAGCACAAGAAGAAGGGAACUGUGUCAAUGGUGAACAAUGGCAGUGAUCAGCAUGGAUCACAGUUCCUCAUUACCACAGGGGAAAACCUGGAUUACCUUGAUGGUGUACAUACAGUAUUUGGGGAAGUGACAGAAGGCAUGGAUGUAUUGAAGACAAUUAAUGAAACCUUUGUAGAUAAGGAUUUUAUCCCAUAUCAAGAUAUCAGGAUAAACCACACAGUAAUUUUAGACGAUCCCUUUGAUGAUCCACCUGGCUUGUGUGUUCCUGAUCGUUCACCAGAGCCUACAAAGGAACAGCUCGACAGUGGCAGAAUAGGAGCAGAUGAAGAAAUUGAUGACAUGAAAGGACGGUCUGCAGAUGAAAUAGAAGAAGUUCAGGCAGAAAAAGAAGCAAAAACUCGUGCCAUUCUUCUGGAAAUGGUGGGAGACUUACCAGAUGCAGACAUCAAGCCACCAGAAAAUGUGCUGUUUGUUUGUAAACUGAAUCCUGUGACCACAGGUGAAGACCUGGAGAUAAUAUUUUCACGAUUUGGUCCCAUUAAAAGUUGUGAAGUGAUCCGGGACUGGAAGACUGGUGAAUCUCUUUGUUAUGCUUUCAUUGAGUUUGAAAAGGAGGAAGACUGUGAGAAAGCCUACUUCAAAAUGGACAAUGUGCUGAUAGAUGACAGACGGAUACAUGUGGAUUUUAGCCAGUCUGUUGCAAAGAUUAAAUGGAAGGGAAAAGGUGGGCGAUAUACCAAGGAAGAUUUCAAGGACUAUGAGAAGGAACGUGACAAACCUUCGAAAUUUGCUCUGAAAGAAAAAGUAAAACCAAAGCAAGAUGCCAAGUAUGACCUUGUUCUGGAUGAGGAUGUAGAAGAGUCUCACACAAGUCAGUCGCACUUGGCUAAAAAACAGAAGAAGAAAAAGCACCACCAUUCUGAAGAUGAAGAUGAUGACAAGAGGACCAAAAAAUCUAAGGAUUCUGACCGAAAGCACGAAGAGCGCUGUAGGGAGAGGACCAAGAGCGAGAAGAAAGACAGGCAUCGGAGCCGCAGCCAUUCUCAGGAGAGAGAUUACACCUACGGCAGACAAAGAGACAAAUACAGGGAAGACAUCCGAGUAAGAGACUGGGAUAAAAAAGCAGACAGAAGCAGAAGUCCUAAGAAAUCAAAAGACAAAGAGAGGUCCAAGUACAGAUGAAGAACAAGGAAAAGACAGAGGAGAACUAAAAUAAUAAAUUUAACUUUUUUCUUUUGUGA